CUCAUUCGUUACUGGAGCCUUCUGUGUCACACAGCGGAGGCAGACUGAGUUUCUGCAGGAGCUUCUCUACUUCUGUAAGAAGGACUGAAGCCAUCGGACAGCUGCAGUCAACACACUAUCACCUGGUUUACACCUGCAAAAAACAUAGAGGAAAUAUUGGCUGCUAAAGGAGAAUCAGUCCAAAGAGUUCAAGGGGACGAGGCCCUGGAAAUUUUUGCUGAGGAAUCAAUAAAGGAGGUGUCAAAAAAUAAUCCAGAUGAUCCAAAACCAACACAUCUGAGCGAUGGUUCAGAUAAAACAUGAUUGACAUUUGUUAACCGCAUCAUUGGACAUUUUAUAAUUGUUAUAUUUUUAAUAAUGUUCUUAAUAAAGCACUAAAACAACCAUCUAAUCACUUUGGAGAAGUUGUUUUUAAGUGUUUGGUCCCCUCUUGUGGUCACUGACACAUUUUCACUUCAAUGAUAUUUUCAAACUCAUCACACUUUAUCAGCAACCUUCGGGUGGUUAACAUGAAUACAGCUAAAUCAAUACUGUUUACGAGUUACAUAUGUAUAUAAUAAUAUAGAUAUAGAUAUAUUUUAAAAGUAAUUUUUUUCCCCCUUUCAACUAAAUAUUUGUUCAUUAAAAAUAAAUGAACUUAAAAAUUACUUUAAAAAAUGUUCGAGGAUGGCUUGAUUACAAUGUUUGAUUACAAUUUUCCUUUCGUAGGUUUUUUUUUUUUUUUUGUAAAUAUAAAUGAAUAAAAACUGGUAGAAUGGCGUCAACAGAAACAUGUGUCGGACGAUGGGCGGGGCUUAAAAAUAAUAAUAAAAAAAUUUAUACAUUUCCUGUUUCAAUUCUAUACAAUCUAUUCUCAGUUUAACAUGAAUUAAAGUUUUUCACUAUCAUUUCUCAAUUGUAAAUUAUUGUCUAGACUGCUGAAGAAACAUCGCAGAGACAGGGUCACAUGACACCUGUUACUUUUCUCAGCGCUGCACUAAACGGACCAAUCACAAUCGUUAGCAGAUAAUAACAUAGCCGCUUUAAAACUGCAUUCUUCUAAAGCGGUUUCUACUUAUAUGUCAGGAAUCAAUCUAGGACAUUUGUAGAUUUAAAAGAUGAUACCUUCUAAUCAACAAAUUACAAAAAAAAUUCAUGAACACACUUCAUGAUAUUUGAAUGAUCCUCAGUGGAGACUCGCCCUUCUGAGUCACAUAGCGCCUCCCGGAGACACUUGCAGAAAUGUCCCUUCCUUAAACAUUUUCUAACUAGUACGGUAACAUUGGAGUACUUAUCGUUCGUGGAUGAUAGUGACAGCCUCCAACCGAUGAUCAAUCAUCUAAAGAACGCGUUGAUGCAUUCACCUGGACUCCAUACUUGAAGAAAACCUUGUUUUUGUUACUGUACCAGCAUGAAUUCAGCCGGACUGCUGUGUGAAACCGAGCGGCUUCGGCACCGUCCUUUCCUGAUCGGGGUGAGCGGAGGAACGGCCAGCGGAAAGUCCACAGUGUGUGCAAAACUCAUGGAGCUUUUGGGACAGAAUAAGGUGGAUCAUCACCAGAGGAAGGUCACUAUCGUCAGCCAGGACAGUUUCUACCAGGUUCUCACUCCAGAACAGAAGGCCAAAGCUUUGAAAGGCCAGUACAACUUUGACCAUCCAGAUGCGUUUGAAACAGAGUUAAUGUGUCAGACGCUGAAGGACAUCGUAGAAGGAAAGGUGGUGGAGGUUCCCACGUAUGAUUUCGUCACCCAUUCCAGGCAAUAAGACACGCUUUUCCCUCAUAAUGUUACGUCGAGCACUGACACACUUUCUCUCUAUGUGUACAUUGAUGAUGUGGAGAAAUGUAGCAUUGCAUCACUUUUUUUUUUUUUUAGCAAUGGAUGCUCUGCAGUGAAUGGGUGCCGUCAGAUUGAGAGUCCAAACAGCUGAUAAAAACAUCACAAUAAUCCAGUCUCACUCCAGUCAGUCAAUAAACAUCUCGUGAAGUGAAAAGUUGUGUGUUUGUAAGAUAAAAAUCUAUCAUAAAGAUGUUUUAUGGGUCUUCUAUCCAUAAUAUUGUUUCCUCCUUGGAAAAAGUCAUCUCAUCUGAAUCAGGAGAGAAAUAUGCACUGAUCAAGCACGGUUUACAAAUGAAAACAGUCCAGAACAGUUCUAAACCAUCUAAAGUGAUGGUUUGAAGUUAAAAACAUCUUAGUGAUGGAUUUGUUUCUUACAAACGCGCAACUUUUCACUUCACAAGAUGUUCACUGAUGGGCUGGAGUGGU